AUGGCUAAGAAGAUUAUUACUAUCGUGGGAGUUACGGGAAACCAGGGUGCCUCCGUUGCCGAAUUAUUUGUUGGCAAGGCAGACUGGCAUGUCCGUGGCAUUACGCGCGACCCAAACAAGCCCGCAAGCCGAGCUUGGGGAGACAAAGGUGUCGAACUCGUUACAGCCGACUUGAAUGAUGUCGCCUCCCUGAAAACGGCCUUUGCAGGAUCAACAGUCAUCUUUGGCGUUACUGAUUUCUGGGGCAUUCUAGCCGAUCCCAAAGUGCAGGAGAGCGCUCAGGCUAAAGGCUGCCCAGGGAACGUGGCCGCUUACGAGGUUGAGGUGCAGCAGGGUCGCAAUAUUGUAGACGCCGCAAAUGCAACCGUGGACACCUUGGAUCGGUUCGUGCUCUCGACACUCUCAUCCACGAAGAAAUGGAGCAAGGGACAGUAUACCCACAAUCUUCACUUCGACGGGAAGUGGGAAGCCGUCGAUUACUUGAAGGCCUCCUAUCCGGCGCUAGCAAAGAAAACAUCAUUCCUGCAACUGGCGCUCUAUAUGACUAACUUCAAAACCCCAAUGGGAGGGCCAGUCAAGCAAUCCGACGGUACCUUCGUGCUGAGCAUUCCUGCAGAUGGCGAUGCCCCGGUUCCUAUGGUCGAGGCGCGCCACGACACUGGCAACUUCGUCAACGCUCUAUUGCAGGUUGAGCCGGGCAAAAACCUCCUUGGCUAUGCUAGCAUGUUGAGCUGGAAUGAGUUCGCUGCCUUGUGGGGUAAGACUCAUGGCGUGACAUGUCGCUUCCAACGUCUGGAUCGCACUAUCCUUGAAAAUGCGAUCCCUGGUGGCGUAGGCGAGGAACUGGCCGAUAUGUUCGGUUACAUCGGAGACUUCGGCUAUGAUGGUCGUGAUCCAAGCGUUGUCUACCCCAAAGAUCUUGGCGUGCCUGUCCCAGUCUAUACUAUCGAGGAGUAUAUCAAGGAGGAAGACUGGUCUGGAGUCCUUUAG